GUUUGUUUUGGAGGGGGGCAACGAGUAGACAAAAACAUACAGCACAACUCCAUAAAGAAAACCUCUCAACAUUUAUCAGAAAAGAGAGAUUUGGGUGGCAUUUUUUUAUUUACUAUUUACAAAUUUAGGGCUUUUUGAGUUUACAGGCGUGAGAUCGAUCACUUUUCUGUGGAAAGUCCUGAUCACUUCAAGACACAAUUUUUAACAGUCCUUUAAACAAACAAAUCCAUGGCGACAAGAUCUUUACCAAACAUUAUCGUCACGGGUACGCCUGGGACGGGCAAGACGACGCACUGCGAGACUCUGGCGCAACGCACUGGACUUAAGCACAUAUCGGUCACACACAUUGUCAAAGACAAGGAGUGUCACGAGGGCUGGGACGAGGAAUAUCAGUCCUGGAUCGUGGAUGAGGAUAAGCUCCUGGAUGCAAUCGAGGAUGAUGCAAAGGCCGGCGGCUGCAUCAUCGACUGGCAUGCCUGCGACUUGUUUCCCAAAAGCUGGAUCGACCUGGUCGUGGUGCUGAGGGCGGAUUCAGCAACGCAUUAUGACCGGUUGAAGGCAAGGAACUACCCCGAGAACAAACUCCAAGAGAACCUGGACUCGGAGAUCAUGGAGGUGCUGUUACAGGAAGCACGGGAUGCCUACGAUGCCGAGAUCGUCGUGGAGCUGCAGAGCAACACGACAGAUGAAAUGGAGGCCAAUGUCGACAGGAUCGAAGCCUGGCUGAGUCAAUGGAAGGUUGACAAUGGCGUCUGACGUGGUUGUUGAUUAUCACUUUAUUUUUUUGCUUUACUUUGAUGCGUUCUCUGUCUUUUUUUU